AUGGACCCAGACGUGCGUGAACGGUGCGGCUACACUGAUCAGGUGAACAUCAAUGUCAAAGAACGGGGCGAUGAAGCCAAGACAAGUGACUACUGCAACCUGCUUUACCUCUACAUCACCAACACCGCAUCCAACGGCAAGGCCUCAAAGGAUGUUGACCUGGUCUAUACCUGUCCUGGAACUCCUGAACCCAUCGAUCCCGAAGGAUAUGGUUACCGUGACAUCAAGUUCAUCCUCAAUGCGCCAGCCACUGACGCCUUCCCCCGCGACCAGACCCGCACACCAGCGACUCUGCACCUUCUCAAUCUGCACGAUGGAGCCGAUUUCACGGUGCCGGUGGAGGUGGGCUACCAUAUUUCCUCCAACUCGGAGAUGAUCUGGCAAUAUAUUUAUUGUCCAUGA